UCUUGCAGCAAACCUUUUUAUACCCCCAACUCUUGCCUAUUGAUGUUUCCCUCACUUUUCUUCCAGUUUCUUCUAUACUGUACGGGUCCACGAACCCUUGGCAAUCUCGCCAUUUCAGUCUACCGCUGUUCUUCGAUCAAUCUUUACGAUGCCUCGAUUUUCCUCCUCCGUGGACUCGCACUACCCUUCAAGUAUGGAGAGCUUGCUUGAACCGCCCUCUGGCUCACAGAGGGUCAAGUACAGAGGCGCGGGUUCACACUCUGCCUACGACUUCUCGCUCGACACAGAACACAGACCGAUUGAUGUCUCCCUUGUUCUACCCCAUUAUCGCGCGAAAAACCAACCCAUUGACCAUCGUCUGAGCAUGUAUGUCGGCAAUGAUUCCAGCGAGUCAAUCAAAGUCAAAGUGUGUCGCAGCUUCACUCCUUCGAGACCGACGAAGUUUCAUCUCGAGGUGCAUUCGUCAUCUUCUGCCGAUAUCACUAUCUGGCUUCCAUCCGAUUUCAAAGGACACAUCCACCGAUCAUCCUCAUGUAACAAGGUUUCCUUCUCCGCUGGUUUUACAAAUCGUAUCAUGAAAAACGUUUGCCUCACACAAUCUCGUCGACCCUCCGUCGUCUCCGUGUCAUCAGGGAUGUAUCGAUACUCCGACAUCUACAUCACCGAUGCCAAUCCACACCAGACGGAGAAGUGGGGAAGCUCAGCGGAGGAAGAUAAAGUGAUUGUACACACAUUGGGUACCGUCACCUUCAGGAUGUGGGACAUCCAUCGCGGCGAACCCGAAGCGUGGUGCAAGGAAGCAUGCAAGCGCAUGUUCGGACUUGGUUGGUGCGCGAAGCGCAGCAACGAGGUCGAGAUUGAUUGGGAUUUCUUGUUGGAGGAUUGAGCAUUUUAACUCUCCUCUAUUGCUUUUUUACUUCGUGUCGUCGUUUUCAUCCGUUAUCAUUGUUCUCCUCUGUCAUCAUCGUCAUUGCUCUGAUAUACCAUCAUCAUACCUCCUGCAGGUCUUCUUUGUUUACGUCAGUCAUCGUUCUGUAGCACCAGCAUCUCUCGCAGUUAUUUAGACUUCUAUCCACGUCAUCCACUGUAGCACUAGUUUCACGUCUUAUACCUUAUUAAGUACCUACACAUUUUCUUGUUAUGCUCUUCAUCUCUGGUAGCUAUGCGGUAAUAUGAACAUCUAUGCUUUGAAAUGAC